AAUAUAAGGGCAGCAUCUUCUACAAGGGCAACAGUCUGACGAGAAGAUUUCAGGACUUCUACAUCAAAGAGACUGAAGAUGGGACGCUCGCCAGUAACUCCGGUGCUGAUCCUGGCCCUGUCCAUGGCGGCAGGAGCAUGGAGUCAGGUUCUGCUGGAUCCUAUUAGCAGAGAGUGUCGCGGAAUGGCGGCCGGGGCUCAGCAGACGGCGCUGACCAGGAACGAGUAUCCUGCAGGAGGGCUCUUGAUGGUCUUGGCUUCUGUACCCGCGGGGGUGAAAGGCUACUUCAAGUUCUACCUGUGCCUGGACGACGACGCUGGACAAGAGGAGUGCCUCAACAAGGUGUCCCUCCCGUUGGCCGAUGCCUCCGGCGACACUUUCGACCUGAGCAAGGUGGGGAAAGCGGGCAGCUACGAGAUCCCCUUGACCAUCCCCGAUGACGUCACCUGCGACUCCUGCUCUGUCCAGUGGCAUGUGGAGGUGCAGGACUGCGGCGACAAUACAGGCUGCUCAGUCACAAGCCAAGAUUCCUGCUUUGACGUCAAGAUUCGUCAAGCCAAGAAAGAGGAAAAGAGACUGUUUGGGCUUAUCUUCGGUGCAGUAAGGGCCGCUGUAGGUGGUAUCAGGUCUUUGGUCAGGCGUAGAGGCUAGGAUGUCCUCGUGUAACGAACUGGCUCGACUUGUACCCCGACGUCUUGCAAGAAUUUGGGACUAUGGAUACUUCUGGAACUCCAAGGUGUUGAGAAGCCAUGCAGCCAUGUGCAGGAAGCUUAAAGGGUGUGGAGUUAAGAAAAGAACACUUUUUCAUGAUGAGGUUUACUUUUUCAUAAUAUGGUGUAGGUAUAGAGAGUAAUAUGAUGCGGUAGGCUACGGUGCACUGCACGGCCCUAUAUCCAACUAUAUCGACUUUUCCCGAUCACCGGGAUCAUGUUGCAUUUUGCAUUCUUAACAAUAUUAAUUGACCAACAGUUAAUGUAAUGGAAAUUGCCCUGGCGGAAGUAGAUGCACUUAGCUUUUAUAUAUUUUUUUUUCUUUUUGCAAAUCAUUGUGAAACCAUCUAACGGAAUUGUCAAAACCUGUUAUAGAAGUUGUAUAGGAAGUUUUCUUGUGCUGCAUGGUCUCAUUACCUUAAAAUGUCAAACUUGAUUUUUUUUUUGGACUAAAUUGUGAAGAAAUUGUAUUUGAUCAA